AUGACAGUGACAGUUGACAGCGGCAGUGGCAGUGACAGUGGCAGUGACAGUGACCGCAGUAUAAUCUUCAUCAGCCAACCCAUUGGAUCUUUGACGUCUGGCUUCCUGCAGGACCUGUUUGGCCGUAAACGAUGUAUGCUGGUGGUGACCAUUCCCCAGAUGAUUGGUUGGUUGCUGCUCUACAGCGCUGAUUCUGUCCCUUGGCUCUACACAGCCGUUACAGUCAUGGGACUCAGCGUGGGCUUCAUGGAGGCUCCAGUGCUCUCUUACAUCGGUGAAAUCACGGAACCGAGACUUCGUGGUGUUCUCAGUUCCAUUGCGGGGAUUUUCCUCAAUGUAGGCAUCAUGCUGGAGUGCUACAUAGGGGCUCUAACCGACUGGCGAAGCUUGGCACUCAUCAGUGCUCUAGGACCUGUUCUCAUUUUCAUCCUUCUCUCCCAGGUGCCAGAAUCGCCGGCAUGGCUGGUAUACAAGGGUCGAGUAUCGGAUGCUGAGAGAGCCUUAUGCUGGCUCAGAGGAUGGGUGGCUCCCAUUCAUGUCAGCAAGGAGUUGUCCUCUCUGGUGGCUCAUGUCGACCAGAGAAAUGUCAGGAUUGUUAAGGCCAAAGACCAGGAUUACCACCAAGUGCCAUCUCAUGACCUUGAUGCUGACAGAGCCCUUUGCUGGCUCAGAGAACGGGUGGUUCCCAUUCAUGUCAGCAAGGAGUUGUCCUCUCUGGUGGCUCAGGUCGACCAUAGAAAUGUCAGGAUUGUUAAGGCCAAAGACCAGGAUUACCACCAAGUGCCAUCCCACGACAUUGGUAACCAGAAAAGAGCGAAAAGGUCCGAAACAAUGCAGAACAUUCAUUACUUCCUGCAGCCUGCAACCCAGAGGCCUCUGAAGUUGAUCCUUAUUUACUUCUUCUGCUCGCAUUGUGCUUCUCUCAUUGGCGUGCGACCCUUCCUCGUCCAAAUCUUUGACAGUCUGCACUUUCCCAUCGAUUCCAAGUGGGUUGUGAUGCUCGUCAUGAAACUCCUGGGCAAGCGAGGUCUCUCCUUCCUCUCCAUGUCAAUCUGUGUGAUCUGUGCUGUCGCUAUAUCGGUCUAUGUGGUCCUUGGGGUCAACCCUCCUUGGGUUCCCAUGAUCCUCUUCUGUGUGCUCUUCUUCGCAGCACAACUCGGGAUUGGAUCCAUUCCUUGGAUGCUCAUCAGUGAAGUCUUUCCUAUUCAGGGCAGAGGUAUCGCAGGCGGUGUCUCAGCAGCUUGCGGUUACAGUUUCAUCUUCAUCGUGACAAAGUUUUACAUCAACCUUGAACAAUGGUUCUCCAUGUGGGGAGCACUACUGGUCUACGCCGUUGUAGGACUCUGGGGCAUCAUCUACCUCUACUUCUGCCUACCAGAGACUGAGGGUAAGACCUUGCAGGACAUUGAGCCCUACUUCCUCACCAAGCGUGAGAGAGAACGUCUUGAGAAGUCACACUCCAUCAAGAAUCUGCCUGUUGAGAUCUAACUUAAGGUGUUAAUUGUACAUAAAGUCUCAGUAUGGUGCAAUGCCAGGCAGCGUUAACUGCAACAUGAGUUGCUCGUAUAUACCUCAUUGAUGUAAACCUGGAACAAACUUUGGUGUUUGAAACGAUCCCUCAAAACUCUACUCCUGACAUAACUGAUACUCCUUAAUGAUUCGCCUUAAUACUUUUAGUUUUUUUACUAUCCAUACUGGUUCUUAUCCCAAUCUAUUGGUUUAGUGUAUCAAAAAGAAAGAUAGAAGAAUCAUGCUAGUUCUUAAAACCUAAAUAGAAAUAAGUAUCCACUGUGUAAUUAGAAAAAUUAUUUUUGGAGCGUAACGAGAUUUGGGUAAGUAGUCUGUGAAUCACACAUUAAAAAAACUUUAGUACUUGGAUUUUCAAAAUUUCAUCGAUCCAUUUGUUAAAAUAAAACAUUAACGUUUUAAAUUGUUCUAUAAUUUUAUAUAAAUAUGUGUCUACUUGAACAGAAUGUGAAUUUGUAGUUCUCAACUUAUUCAGAGUUUUUAUCAGGAUUUCAGGCAUUGUAAAAGUCAUGAAUUAAAGAAUUUCUUCCAAUCCAAUUGAAUGACAUAGGCUAUUAUACAGCUAUUUCAAAUGGACUGAAAAUAAAUGUGUUAAUUAAGGGCCAAUAUAAUGUUUAUUUUAAUUUUAGUUUAAGAUAACAAAUUAAGGAGCUAAUUAAAAUCAGAUACAAUAGUACGAUAAAACACAUUCAAAUUUAAAUAUCAUUGUGUUGGAAAGAAAGAAGACUCUUCUUAUUAAUAAUAAAAAAUAAAGUAUAAUAUAGUAAUAAUAUUACCUCAAUAUUAACUUGGUUGUGUACACGCUCCCAUAUGAUAUUAAUAAUGCAAAUAAAGAAGGUAUAUGGGUACUUCAGGUAUUCACUUUCUGAAUUUAUUAUUGUUAAUAAGUGUUGUGUAAUCUGUGAUAGGUUUUUAUAUAUGUUUUACUAUCUAUAAUUUGUGACAUGUUUUAUUAUAUAUGUAUGAUAAGUGUACAUUUACUAAGUAAAUGUACUUGUUUUAAGUAGUUGAUAGAACAUAUUUAGAUUUAAGUUAAAUGUAUUAAAAAAAUAAUGGAAAGUUUUAUGUUUACAAUUGUAAAUUAAUUUUGAUGUCUGCUUUUGAUAUUGUGGAUAAUAGAUUAGACUUUUUGUAUAUAAUACAAGGGUCAGUCAAAAAGUAA